AUGGAGCCUUGGGAGGAAUGGGAAAAGCGCCUCACCCGAUGCGCCGUUGGGUCCACUUUCUGGGGUCGGUCCGCAUACCCGCGGAGACCCGGAGCCGGGGCGGGUGCGGGUCUCGGCUCCACCGUCUACUCCCCUGGAGUCAACAACAUUUUCUCUUUCAUUAAGUCGAGUGUGUUGAACAAAAACGAGUUCUGUGAAGGACUCCUGCGCGUGUGCGGGUUCCUAGAGUUUUCUAUCUUUUCCGACUCCGCUUCGCCUUCUUCAAUGUCAGGCUACGGUACUACCAUAUAUGCGGAAUGCAUCGCGGGCCUGGAAAAGAGCAUGGGUAAUCAGGGUCGAUCAGCCGCUUCUGGUCCUCCUAAGGCACCCAGAGUUUUGGGUGUGUGA